AUGGACAACGAAAUUGUUGACAAUGACAACAAUGUUGACCUUGUUCCUAGAGUCCACAUAUGCUUCGAGACACUUGAUGCAGUUAAAAAAUUUUAUAGAGACUUUGCGAUUAGAACUGGAUUUGGUAUUAGAAUAAGAAGUUCAAAGAAGGGAAAGGACAACGAACUUAAACAUGUUAAGCUUGUUUGUUCUUGUGAAGGUAAUUAUGUCUCCACCAUACGUCCAGUUGGAAUAUCGAUUGGUAAAAAAGAUGGCAAAUGGCACAUAAAAAAUGUUGUCAUGGAACACAGUCACGAUAUCAGUCCAAAAGAAUCAAGGCUGAUAUCAAGGAAUCGAAAAGUUAAUAUGCAUGCCAGGCAAAUAGUUGACAUCAAUGACGAAGCCGGGGUACGCAUCAACAAGAGUUAUCGUUCGUUAGUUUGUGAAGCUAGAGGAUAUGACAAUGUUUCUUUUAUUGAUCGAGAUGUUAGGAACUACAUAGCUCAUAAAAGAAGGUCAUUAUGCAAAGAUGGACAAGCUUUGCUUCGACACUUUUCCCACAUGCGUGAAGUAAACAAUGAUUUCUUCUUUGAAAUUGGCAUGGAUGAAGAUAAUAGAAUAUGA